AUGAAGUUCCUAACGAUCUCUUUUAUGUUACUGAUGAUUAUGGCUUUAUCAAUUACUACUUUGUUUGCAACACCCAAUUCUGAGUUGGAGCCUAUGGCUGAGGAUUGUCACAAUAAAGCCUCGGGUCUUCCUCUAACCGAAGAUGGAGAAAGACCUGUUUGGCGUCGAGGGGCAAGCCGCCUUCUUGCGCAGAAAACCCGGGCCGUAAUGACAUGCAAUGAGUACCCGAGAGUGUGCCGGAAGAAGGGCAGCGGAGGGCCGGACUGCUGCCGGAAACAGUGCGUGAAUGUGGCUGUGGAUAGGCUCAACUGGGGGAGGUGUGGGGAGAAGUGCAAGUUCUCUGAGAUUUGCUGUAAAGGUGUGUGUGUGAACCCAUACUCCAACAGGAAGCACUGUGGGGGGUGCAAUAACAGAUGCAGGAAAGGGAGUUCCUGCACUUAUGGAAUGUGCAGCUAUGCCUAAGAAGUAAAGUUGAACCAGUACUCUAGUUAAUUUAAGUUGUUUGUGCAGCUAUAUAUGCAUGAUUGCGAUUGUUGAAG